AUGGCCACCGAAGUUCAGACCCAACGAAGACUGCUAAAUGUUGAAGCUUCUCUUCCGAGUACCGCUGCUACUACACCUAAGCUCGGAGUCAGCCAACCAAGCGUCUCGCCUCUGCCUACCUCUCUCGUUACACCCGCAAACAAACCCGCAUCAGCCCCAUCCAUUCCUAAUGAUUCCUGCGAUUUGUCCUUUUUGUCGGAUACAGCUCGUGACGCAACCAUCACGCCGGACCAUAACCCGAACCCCGCCAUGAAGGUAGACAUCUCUCUACCGAUUUUCCUCACGCCAAAAACCAAUAAACGCCUAUUAUCGGAACUGGACCACUCACGGCGACCCCCCCGCUCAGCCGAAGUUCCCAAAAUUCCCAAGCCGCAUGAAAAUUCGCCAGAAUCACCGGAUAAAAAGGAUGAACCUAAGAAGAAGCGGAAUGUGAGGAUCGGGACGGACAAGGGACGUCAUUCCCAUUCCCCGAAGGAUAUCGAAGAAGACACAACAUCUGUUGGCCAUACACCGACGAAGCAACGAAACCACCUUAACUUCUUUUCUCCCGUUGAAACAUCCCUGCCUUUUUGCUAUCGCGGGUCUCUAUCCGGCGCCGACUCCACGAACGGAUCCGCCGAUAACCCGGAUGAAAUCAAUAUCUCUGGCUAUUACGACAUCCGACACUCCGUCAACAUGAGCCGUGAAAGCAUCGAUUCAGCAACCGCCUUCCCGAAGCCGGCUUUACCAAAGCCCGUCAAAUUCCUUCUUCAAUGGAAUCUCAACGGGUUUUUCCAGCACCUAGCAGAUCUGGAACUUCUUUGCCAAGGCAGCCUACCAUGGGGUAGCAACUUCCGUCACUCGGUAGCCAUCGGAGUCCUACGAGAGGUUGCUUUUCACCCAAUUGAUGUCGCAUCCGAUCUUCCCUUCAUUGCCGUCCAACUGGAAGGCCCACUCAACAUAACGGUCGCCUGCGCCUAUCUACCAUGUGGCCGGUUGAAUGGCCUAAAUAGCAGAAUGAAGAGUGCCAUUGAAAAACUCCCAGAACCGCGAAUCCUCGUCGGGGACAUGAACGGACAUCAUUCCAACUGGGGAUGUCCGAAACCGAACAGCCGUGGGUCCGCUCUAGCAGACCUCUUCGAGAGCGAAGACCUCGUCGUGCUCAAUGACGGGGCACCCACCUUCUUCAAUGGACGUCAUGCCACAGCUAUCGACGUUUCCGCUCUCAACAGAGACGUUGCCGGCAAGAUGCAGUGGAUCGCCAACUCGGAUCUUUACGGAAGCGACCACUAUCCGAUCAAAAUUCAGCUACACGCCGCAGCCGCCCCAGAAACCACCCGUAUUCCACGCUGGAGGUAUGACAAAGCCGAAUGGGAAGUGUACAGGAACGCCAUCCUCUCCGGUAUCCAGGAGCAGAAUCCCGGCAACAUCCCCGACCUAACGAAGAUAAUCCUUGAAGCAGCCGUCGCUUCAGUACCCAAAACCAGCAGUAUUCCCCGAACGAAAAGCUCUCCGAUGGUGUCCUCGGCAGAUCUUUGGAACCGUGUAAACGCACUUAGCGGAAAGAGACGUUCGGCCCCGCUGCAGGUGCAGUCCGGAGGCAUCACCGUAUCUGAGCCAACAGCCGUAGCUGAUGAGCUAGGCAAGUACUUCGCGGAGCUUUUGGCUAUCCCCGGAUAUAACGAAAAUUUCCGUCGCCGCAACAACGCCACACCGACUUCCAUAGGUAAUUUCCACGUACCGACCGACAACAACAACACCGGGAUAAAUGGGGUUUUCUCAUGGGACGAAUUGAAAUUUGCACUCAGCAAGAGCAAGGGCAAAUCGGCGGGUCCUGACGAACUCGGGUACCCCCUACUAACACACCUACCGAUCGAAGGGCAAGUCCUUAUGCUUGACCUCUUCAACAAACUUUGGACCACCGACUCCUAUCCAGCAUCAUGGAGGGAGAGCCUAGUCAUCCCAAUCCCGAAGACGAAUAAAACCACGAAGGACACGACGAAAUUCCGGCCCAUCGCACUAACUUCCUGCAUGAGUAAGGUCUUCGAGCGGAUGGUGAACCGCAGGCUUAAGACAUUCCUGUCGAACAACAACUUGCUCGACCAUCGACAACACGCCUUUCGGCACGGAUAUGGCACCUCAACUUAUUUCGCUACACUGGGAGACGUGCUGAAAGACGCCUUCGACCAGGGACACCACACCGAAAUGGUCUCACUGGACAUCUCCAAGGCAUUCAACAGGACCUGGACUCCGGCCGUACUUGCCAAACUCGUCAGCUGGGGACUUAAGGGACACAUGGUCCAUUUCGUUCGGAAUUUCCUCACUAACCGUGCUUUCCGUGUUGCCAUCGGAAAUGCCAAAUCUAGGAGCUUUCAGGAGGAAACAGGGGUCCUCCAGGGAUCAGUGAUCUCUGUUACGCUCUUCCUAAUCGCGAUGAACGGUAUCUUCAGCCAGUUGCCAAAGAACGUUCGCAUCUUUGUGUACGCCGACGAUGUGCUCAUCGUGGUAACCGGGCCCACAACAACACGCACCAGGAACCUCACGCAAGCCGCGGUCACAGCCGUCGUAAAAUGGGCCGAAGCUGCUGGUUAUCAGCUCUCUGCUAGAAAAAGCAUCAGAUGCCACGUCUGCCCGUCACGACACAGGGUUAACGGGACCGCCAUCAAGAUUGGCGACCAGGCUAUUCCCGUCAAGAACUCCAUUCGGAUCCUGGGCGUACUUGUGGACCGCACCCUCUCUUUCGUGCCGCACUUCAACCAGGUGAAGAAAGAUUGUCGAAGCAGGGUCAAUCUGAUCCGGACCAUCUCCAGGCCUCAUCGCACCAACAAUCGGGCUGUUCGCUUCCGAGUAGCGCAAGCUAUCAUCGAUAGCAGGCUGCUGUACGGAACUGAGCUUACGUGCAUCAAUUCGGAGAAGCAGGUUGAGAUUCUCGGUCCAACCUUCAACAGCAGCAUCAGGAUAAUUCCUGCCCCCGCCGAUUCUGCAUGUGUCGAAGCAGGAGUUCUACCCUUCCGGUACCGCAUUAUCAACGCUACCAUUUUCAAAGCCGCAUCCUUCGCCGCCAAGACAGCAGGAAAUGGCAGAAUCUUCCUCCUCGAUGAGGGGGAUAGAAUCCUGCAGACGAUCGCCACCAUCGACCUCCCCCCGGUGGCUAGGACCCACUGGCACGGAGAGAAGAGAGACAACUCCGCGGCCCUCCGUCGCACAGUAGCCGAACAUAUCAGAACCCAUUACGCCGAACAUACACACCGGUACUCCGAUGGUUCCCGAUCCAACACGGGCGUUGGCAUCGGAGUAUCCGGAAGUGGCAUACUCGCCAGCAACAGCCUUCCGCCGCAGUGCUCCGUCUACUCGGCAGAAGCGGCCGCAAUUUUCCAUGCGGCCACGUUACCAGCCAAUCAACCGAUUCUUAUUUUGAUAGAUUCCUGCAGCGCUAUUCAGGAACUAUGCUCAGCAACUCCCACCCACCCGUGGAUUCAGGCUACCAUAAAGUACGCCCCGGUCACUGCGGAAUACCCGGAAACGAGGCAGCCGAUCAACUCGCUGGAACUGGACCGUCGGGUCCCAGAUUCACGGAUAAAGUUCCACUCCAAGAUGUCCGACGAUGGAUAA